AUGGCAUCUUCGCUCGGAAGCAUAUCCACCCUCAUCACGGGGGCCUCUCCGGCAGAAGCAUCCUUUUACUCCCUCGCCUAUGUCUCGGCUCUGCAGCACUGCAUCGCCUUUGCGUAUGGCCCCACGCUCAAGUCUGUGGUAUCCUCGACUGCGGCGACAAGCGUCUACGGCGACGGUCUUGCUGAGUGUGUCGUGCGGUGCCGACUGGAGACAGAGCGUGAGGCGACGGAGCGCCUCCGAGCCAUCCUCUUGCAAGAGCUGCCGCAGACACCAGCGCGUGGGCGGCAGAGACGAGACCCCUCUGCUGCGCUGGACGUGGCGGGGGCCGACCAAGAGGGGACCAGCGUUGCAAACCCUUCUACUGGAGGAAGGGCGAGACCUCGAAACGCGCCCGUGCCCAGUCAGAGAAGCAGUAGGGCCUCCUCGUCUGUCGCGCCAUUCGCCAAAGACGGCGAGGUGACGAGGCCGCCUUUUCUUUCUUCCACCGCUGCACUGUCGUUUCCGUCGUCUUCAUUUGCGCAGGCGUCUCGAUGCGACGCGGCCGCGCUGCUCCUUCUUCGCAUCGGUCUGUGUCGCGCGCUCGGUUGGCCCGUUCCCGCCGCGCUGCAGUUCAAUGGAGACGAUGGGGACGAGGUGGGCGGCAUCGAAGACGGGUCCGACAAAGACCGCAGCGGGGCGUUGGGUCGUGCGACGCAACUAGCAGACGUGCUGCUCUCACGGCACAGCUACCCCAAUGUCCCCACGAGCCAACGCGUGACAGAGUCGAGUGCCGCUCCGACAGUUGCCACUCCCAUAGCAAACAAGAGUCUGCACAUGUUCAUGCACAUGCCAGACGCGGAGCUCCGCCAGAGCGUUAUUUUAGAAUGGGUGGAGGAUAUUCUCGUCUUUGCGCACUAUCAAGGCUUCACGCCGGUGCAAACGCAGUGCGUACUGCUCGACAGCCUCCUCAUUCUCAGCAUGGUGGACGAACAUCUGGUAGGCGUGGCCGCCGCUGCUACUCACGCGGCAUGGGAGCAGCGAGUGGGGGAUGCGCUUCAGGAGGUUCUGUGCGCGCAAACGUGCCUGACAGCGACCCGCACGAUCGACACGGCGCGGCGCUAUCAGUCGGUCACCACCGAAGUUCCAGACCCGGUGCAACUCGAAGAGAUAACUGAAAAGCAGCACAAGGCCACCUCGCAGAAGGCUUUAGCGGCCCUUGAGGCAGCGAAGCAGAGCCUCCCCCUUGUCUCGCAGACAGUGAUGCAGCAUGUGGAGGUGGAGGUGGAGAAGGAUGUCACUCUGCGCGCUGUCUUCGCGAUGUCGGAGGCGGCGGCGAUUGCCGAGUACAUCACUCGCUCGGUUGUUACGCACAAGCGACUGUGGGACGUGCUGCUGGGACCUGUGUCGGAAGAGCAGCUGCCGUCGCAGCCAAUCCCGGCGACAGCAGCUGCGGCGGUAGACGGGCUACGGCGCCCUGUUGUCCAUCGACCCAUCUGCGUCUCAAUAGAAAACGUAGCCUCCAUCUACUUGCCACCGCACUCGGUCUUCCACUCAGAGGCACUGCAAGCCGUGGUGGAUGCGCAGUGUCGUCUCUUCGAGGCCUGCGAGAGCGAGCGCAUGCUGCAAUUCUCAACGGACUGGCAAGAGCCGCUGCUGGCCAUUGCUGCGAAGGAACUUAGUGAGCGGCGGGCGCUACAAGAGGCCACAGCGCAGGCGGAUGCGGAGGACAAGGCUGCAGGGCUGACGUCGCAGCAGUGCGCUCGUGUUGAGCGUGCCUACGGACUUCGACUACAGGAUGUGCUGAGGCACAACGCCCAUGUGGUGCGCGGUGCGCCUCCCACUGCGUCCGAGCUGCUCGCCGCAGCCGUUACUCCCGAGGUUGCCGCCGCACCUCUGCCUGGGCGUGUCAGCGGCAGCAAACUGAAGAAUAGCGGCCCAUGUGUGUCGAUCCCGUCGGCUGCUGCCGCGCCCGCUCUCUCCACUGACGCUGCAGCCUCCAUUGUGCUCUCGGCAGACGCCGCCUUUGAGCUCGCCGAAGUGGAGGCGCGAGUCGAUCGCAUUGCUGCUGCCGUCGAGGAGAUGAACGGCCCCAGCACGACCUCUUCCGCUGCCUCGCAACGUGCUGGAAAGCACAGGCACUAG